UCGUGCUGCACAAAAAAGAAAUAAUAGAAAAGGCAGAUCGUAAGAAACCAAAGAAAAUCGUAAGGGCUGGAUUUAUUAGUGGAAAUUUUUGAAACUUUAUACUUGAACAGAAGCUGCUCGUUUUUCUAGCCGUGGAAAACGGUGGCCGUAACUUAUAUUAUUUAUUUAUAAUUCCGAAGCGAUGAGUAGUAAACAUAUUUACUCCACCUGUAACUUAACUGACCUGCAGCUGAAGGAACAAGGUAACUGCUUGUUUUCCGCAAGGAAGUAUGAUGAUGCCAUCAAUUGUUACACAAAAGCUAUAAUAAAAAAUCCUACAAAUGCCACUUACUUCACAAAUCGGGCCUUGUGUCAUUUAAAAUUGAAACGCUGGGAUUUGUCCUGCCAAGAUUGUCGUCGCGCUUUGGAUAUUGACGCCAAUUUGCUCAAGGCUCAUUUCUUCUUAGGACAAUGCCUAAUGGAAUUGGAAAUGUAUGAUGAAGCCAUUAAACAUCUGCAAAGAGCGUUUGACCUUUCAAAAGAACAAAAACAAAAUUUUGGAGACGACAUAACGUCACAGUUACGUCUAGCUCGUAAGAAACGCUGGAAUGUGUUAGAAGAAAAACGUAUAUGCCAGGAAAUUGAAUUACAAUCCUAUUUAAAUAGGCUUAUUAAAGACGACAUGGAAUCCCGUUUGUCCAAGCUAAAAUUAGAUCAAAUUACAAAUGAGGAUUUGUUAAAAGAAAAACAACAAGAAAUCGAACAAGAGUGUGACGAUCAGGUAAAAGAAUUGAAUAAUAUCUUUGCCAAAGUGGAUGAACGCCGAAGAAAACGUGAAGUGCCCGAUUACCUUUGUGGAAAAAUUAGUUUUGAAAUUUUAACAGAUCCAGUCAUAACACCGUCAGGAAUCACGUAUGAGAGGAAAGAUAUUGAAGAACAUUUACAACGCGUUGGUCACUUCGAUCCAGUUACGAGGGUAAAACUUACGCAAGAUCAACUUAUACCGAAUUUUUCUAUGAAAGAAGUGGUUGACGCUUUCAUCGCUGAAAAUGAAUGGGCUUUGGAUUACUAAACCCUGCUUAUUAAAAAAAGUUUGUAAUUCAUGAUUUAGGUAUUUCCCAGUAAGCCCAGCGGUAAUUCAAGAUAAAAUAUUUUUAUAUUGCGCCUUACUUACGUACCCAAAUUUAUUUAUUAAUUGGUAAAAGAAAAGAAAAAU